CACAAGGGAUACCUAAUAUGUGACGUCACCUGGUCCUCGCAUGAGGGUGUGUUUACAUUGACGUCACAGCUGUUUCCUGAAAGGAUCAAGCUCUGAUUUAUCAACACAAUGUUUCACGGGAUACCAGUCACAGGAGGUGGGGGAGGAGCUCCAGUGAAUAAACCUGAGUUAUAUGAGGAAGUGAAAUUAUACAAAAAUGCAAGAGAAAGAGAGAAGUAUGACAACAUGGCCGAGUUAUUUGCUGUGGUGAAGACCCUUCAGGCUCUUGAGAAGGCUUACAUCAAAGACUGUGUCACACCUAAUGAAUACACUGCUUCCUGUUCCCGACUGUUGGUGCAGUAUAAGGCUGCUUUUAAACAAGUGCAGGGCUCUGAUGUUGGCUCCAUCGAUGAUUUCUGUAGGAAGUACAGACUCGACUGCCCGCUAGCCAUGGAAAGGAUUAAGGAGGACCGGCCAAUCACCAUCAAGGAUGACAAGGGAAACCUGAAUCGCUGCAUUGCAGAUAUAGUUUCUCUUUUCAUCACUGUGAUGGACAAGCUGAGAUUGGAGAUCAGGGCCAUGGAUGAGAUUCAGCCAGACCUGAGGGAACUGAUGGAAACUAUGAACAGAAUGAGCAACAUGCCUCCAGAUUCUGAGGCUAAGGACAAAGUCAGCCUCUGGUUGACGACUCUCAGCAGCAUGUCGGCCUCAGACGAGUUGGAUGAUAAUCAGGUGCGCCAAAUGCUGUUUGACCUGGAGUCGGCCUACAACGCCUUCAACCGCUUCCUGCACUCCUCCUAAAGCAUCGAUCCAUCAGCGAUACUUUUUGUCUGAAAUUGUGACUCUAAUAUCUCUUAAGUUAAAAAAAACAAAAAAAAAACACUCUUUUUUUUCCUCAUGGUUUUCUGAGAAAGUUCUCUGCCUCAUAUCUUCCCUUUCAGAGUUCCUCUGUUCUGUAUUAAUGUACUACUCAAACGUCCCCUCCUUCUAAUAAUCUACUGUGUUUGGUACAUCAUGCUCCCUUCAGCUCCCGUCAGUGCUGUGAGAUUCUCCAUUAGCCCCUUUUCUAGCCAAACCUGUGGGAUCAAUCCAGUAAUAUUGGCUGUUUAUUCUGCUCUUGAAAAAACUGUUUACUUCUAACUUUGUACUGUAAUAUCAACAAAAAGGUCUAAUUUUAUACUUCAGUUUUGCAGAGCACCAAAAGAGAAGCAUCGUACAUUUACAUUGGGCAAAGUCUGAACAGCCAAAGCCUUUGUAUUGUUGAAAAAUUGAAUAUGUAUAUUUUUCUUUUAGGUACCCAUAUUCAAUCCACAACUUGCUACAUGAAAUCAGUUUAGCAGUUUUUGCUCUACACACCAUGUUUUUUCCGAUCAGUUAAGUUAGUGUACAAUAGUUUUUCUUAAUAGAGAAAAAUAAUCUAGGUUGUUGGAUAAUGGGGAAAAAGCAGCUAAAAAUUUGUUUUAAUUUAAAGUUGAUUAGACUGCACUCUAAAUGAGCUAUUACACAUUUGGAGGAAGGAGUUAUUUAUGUAAAUCUUCUCUACUGUUUCUGUUAACUUGUAAAAUCCAUAUUUCCUUUAUAGGUGAGCGUUUGGCCACUUUAAGUGGGCAGAAGCGAGGUGGACACACCCCAACAUAUUUUUGCUUACUAAAUAUGUUUUCAACCCUCAAACAACAUUAGGGAGAACAUAUUUAUUAAAGUUUAUCAUUGUAUAUAAUAGUUUUGAUUUUUAAAUAAUGGCAUGUAACAACUUUUAGAAUUAAAGAUGAAAAACUAC